GUUAGUGUCACGUCAAGAAUUUCGUGGUAGUUCCGCGUGCGUGGGUCAUUUGUAUGCAGUAAAUAUACAAAGUUUUCAAGGUGGACUUCUGCAAUUUAGCAGGAGUGUGAAGGUUCGUGCCCAGCUACGGUCGCUGGUCAGGCUCACACACCAUCUCCUAAAGCCUGCAGCUUCACACGUAAAAUAUGUUCGUAUCCGGCAGGUGGAAUACAUAAUAAGCCAGACUCCAGACAGACAGCGAUACGCAAAUUUUCACGCCCGGUUGCUACGUUGACAGACACUGCACGAAACUCGUCUUAUCCGAGUCGCGCGGGAACGCACGAACUCCUUUAAUAUAAGGGAGCGCGAGACUUCCCAAGGGAGUUGAACAACAUCGAAGUUGUGGUCGGGUCACACGGCCACUAAGGAGUUAUUAAAAGAAGCCGCCAGAGGCGCGUUCGGCGGUGCUUGGUUUUUGCGCAAUUACAAAAGUUUAAAGGCUAGACUACAGUUACGCGUGCCAGGCGCGCGACAGCUCGCACCCACACGCCUCACGCAUGUGCAUGUGGUCCAGGACAGAUCGUACGCGUCGAAGCGUGGCGCUAGCACAAAUAUCAAAAGGCCCAGCCACUCGUAUGUACGCUUGCCGGCGCGUGAAAGCUCGCGCCCGCGUGCCUUUCGUUUGCCGCACCUCGCGAGUAAUGGCUGUUUGAACCUGCAAGACGCGUGCCUGCGCACGUCCACUUGGCUUUUCUUUACUUCACUUGGCUUUACUUUACUUUACUGACGUCUACAGAAGACAGUUUCUCGCUCUGUGCGCUUUUUUUUUUUUUUUUGCCGUCUGCCACAAGUACCAGACGACGUGUGCCGCUGAGAACCGUUAUACUGAGAGCAGCGCCAGUGCUGCGUCAUGAUGCGGAGAAAUGGUAAACUAUGUUCCACAUAGAGUUGCGCGUUUGCAAGUUGCUAAGAUAUGUUGGAGCUUCUACGACGAAAAAGGUGAGCGGCAUGCAUGGUUAGCGGAACCUCACCUCCGAUGGCGAAUAAGCAAAUCCACACCAAAUAAUGGCGUUAUUUCUACUUCACAGAAGCUCAACAAGCACACUUAUUUCUUCGCUCUGAAGUAUAAAUCACUGGGGCCUAAAAUAGCAUUGUUCUCAGCGCUGAGAAGAGCAGCUGCGGACAAUCCCUUUGGGCGAACGACGCUUUCAGGCACAGUUCCUCAAGUGCAAUUUCACCCAUGUUUAGGACUAGUAAAUGUUUACCAAAGAUGCAGUAAUAUGGGGCUUUCGCUCAUGUCUAUAAUCAUGUCUAAGAGGCUCUAUCAUACUGCAGAAUGACAGGCAGUGCUAUCAACUUUGAUAAAUCCCUAGGGGUAUGGAUCGGCAACUGGGAAGACCAUCCGAGUAGGUUUGCAAAUAUCCGCUGGACAGUCACGCCGGCAAAGUACCUAGGGGUGCCGCUUGAGCACUACCGUGACGCCGUUGAUUACUGGAAUGCCGAAACUGAAAGGGUUCGUGAAUGUACACUUAAAUGGGGAGGCCGCAAUUUCUCUAUGUUUGCGCGUGCGACAGUGUGCAACCUGUUUGCCAUUGCCAAAAUUUUUUACGUGCUCCAAGCGUUGUGCAUGUCAAGGGCUAACAUACAACGUUUACACAGAGUACUCGCGGUGUUUGUAUGGGGUUCAAGCUGGGAGCGCACCAGUCGCACUAAUCUCUUUCGUUCGGUUAAAAAUGGAGGAUUAGGUCUGGCACAUUUGUUCAUUAGGCAGAUUGUGUCGAGGUUUGUUUACUUACGGGACCAAAGUGACCCACUUUUAUUAACUAUGUUUCAAACAAGGCUGAGCGAGGCUAUACCUGAGUUUAUUGUAUCGUCACAUCGGUGCAGUCAAGGCAGAGCGCGUGGUUUCUUAAAAGAGGUAGUCUUGGCUUUUCAGCUCUUAAAGGUUCGGUUUUCCAUGGAAUACUUAAGUAGGGUACCACGAAAGCGCUUAUAUAAGGACCUGGUAGACACAAUGUUACCGGUGCCAUUGUAUCGCUCGAUGUUCUGCAUUGGACCUGAAAAGGACGUACUAAAAAGAGUAAAACGAAUGCCAGUACGCCCGUCGGUAAAGUCCUUCUUUUUCCAGCUCCACACCAAUACUUUACCUGUGAAACCGUGGCUAGAUGAAAAGGGACUUUCUGUGCCUUGGAGCGUCAACUGUUUACUAUGCCGGAAACCCGAAACAGUAGAACACAUCUUUCUUGACUGCUGGGAUGCUGUGUUCCAUUGGGACAUCUUACAGAGAACGCUAAAGAAGGACUUGCCGAUUACACCAUAUGGGAUUCGUUUCCUGCCUACUCUAAAUGAAGACAAAGUACCCUAUGACAUGUUCAUGCUGGUGUCCUUGCAUAGCUUAUGGAAAACUAGAAUGGCCGUGAGACAUGCCGAAAUAAACGCCCGGCCUGUUAGAGAAUACUUCAUUGAAAGCAUUUGUCAUAUUAAGGAAUUGUACAAUUUUCAAAAAGAAAAACCAACAUGGCUCAGUGUGAUGACUGAGCUAGCGAACUUCAAGCGUUUUUAGUCCUGUGACUGCCAACCAACGGCAGAGAUUUUGUCGUGACUGUUGUGUACUGUUAAAAUGUCUUGUUUUGUAUGUUGCCAUGUCGGUAAUAAAGAAAAAAAAAA